GUCAUUUUUCUUCGCCCAUAUCGACAGAUGCUGUUUUAAAUCUAUCGUGGUCAUCGCUGUAUUCUCUGAAAGUGAAGAGUCCUUAUUCAGGCAACACAACCUGCAGAGCGGUGCUGCUGCAGAGUACAGAGAAUUUGAUCGGCAUCUUCCAUUGAAGUCGAAGCCGAUCGACAUAAAGGAAAUCUCCCGUUUCGCGAAGGAUGUGGUUUGGAAACAGUCAAACGCCGGUAAAAGGAUAAGGCUGCCGUUUAACAUGUGGAAGGUUGGCAUGCUGAAAUGUCAAGUGUCGUAUGACGAUUACAUGAAAUUUGAUCCUGACCGCCGGGAUAUCGUUAAGGCGCAUUGGAACUCGUCGACGAUGCAUUUCGUCGCAAAACCCGUUGCGUUUGUGAUCGACUUUUGUAUCGCCAGAGAACGAGGCGUACAGUAUUGUACAUGA